GCUCGGGACGCUGCGGUAGAUCCGGGCUUGCGGCCGCCGGCAGAAGCUGCGGCCCGGUGGUCCCUGCCGCGCGCCCCGAGCCCCGAGCGCCAUGCAGAUGUCCUACGCCAUCCGGUGCGCCUUCUACCAGCUGCUGCUGGCCGCGCUCAUGCUGGUGGCGAUGCUGCAGCUGCUCUACCUGUCGCUGCUGUCCGGGCUGCACGGCCAGGAGGAGCAGGACCAGUACUUCGAGUUCUUCCCGCCCUCCCCGCGCUCCGUGGACCAGGUCAAGGCGCAGCUCCGCACCGCGCUGGCCUCCGGAGGCGUCCUAGAUGCCAGCGGCGACUACCGCGUCUACCGAGGCCUCCUCAAGACCGCCAUGGACCCCAACGAUGUCAUCCUGGCCACGCACGCCAGCGUGGACAACCUGCUGCACCUGUCGGGCCUGCUGGAGCGCUGGGAGGGCCCGCUGUCCGUGUCGGUGUUCGCGGCCACCAAGGAGGAGGCGCAGCUGGCCACGGUGCUGGCUUAUGCGCUGAGCAGCCACUGCCCCGACAUGCGGGCCCGGGUCGCCCUGCACCUCGUGUGCCCCUCGCGCUACGAGGCCGCCGUGCCCGACCCCCGGGAGCCGGGGGAGUUUGCCCUGCUGCGCACCUGCCAGGAAGUCUUUGACAAGCUGGCCAGGGUGGCCCAGCCCGGCGUCAACUACGCUCUGGGCACCAACGUCUCCUACCCCAACAACCUGCUGAGGAACCUGGCCCGGGAGGGGGCCAACUACGCCCUGGUGAUUGACGUGGACAUGGUGCCCAGCGAGGGGCUGUGGCGAGGCCUGCGGGAAAUGCUGGACCAGAGCAGCCAGUGGGGCGGCACGGCCCUGGUGGUGCCCGCCUUCGAGAUCCGCCGGGCCCGGCGCAUGCCCAUGAGCAAGACGGAGCUGCUGCAGCUCUACCAGGUGGGCGAGGUGCGGCCCUUCUACUACGGGCUGUGCACGCCCUGCCAGGCUCCCACCAACUACUCCCGCUGGGUCAACCUCCCCGAAGAGAGCCUGCUGAGGCCGGCCUACGUGGUGCCCUGGCAGGACCCCUGGGAGCCAUUCUACGUGGCUGGAGGCAAGGUGCCCACCUUCGACGAGCGCUUCCGGCAGUACGGCUUCAACCGCAUCAGCCAGGCCUGCGAGUUGCACGUGGCGGGGUUUGAUUUCGAGGUGCUGAACGAAGGCUUCCUGGUCCACAAGGGCUUCAAGGAGGCUCUGAAGUUCCACCCGCAGAAGGAGGCCGAGAACCAGCACAAUAAGAUCCUCUAUCGCCAGUUCAAGCAGGAGCUCAAGGCCAAAUACCCCAGCUCGCCCCGCCGCUGCUGAGCCCCGCGGGGCCCGGGGUGGCGCUGGACUCCAAUGCCCACCACUCACGAGCUGUGUGGCCUUGAGCAAAAAUCCCUUACCUCUCUGAGCCUCCGCCCCCUAGUCCGGAAGGGCGGUGAGGGCGCCUACCUCACAGAACCGCUGCGAGGCUCAGAGGAGACGCUGUGCGUGACACCUGUGCACCUGUGAAGUGUUACUAUUGCUACAGUAUUAUUAUUGUUGUUGUUGUUGUUAACAAGCCGGGGCGAACAGUGUGAGGCCGGCAGGGCUAGGGGCUGAGGACCCGGCGAAAUGCGCUUUUUUUUAUUAAGGAAAAAACGAGUUAGAAUCUGGUUCCCCUUGGUUCCCCCUGGCCUCCGCCCCCGAGGGCGCGGGAGGCGGCGGGAAGGGGCUGGGGCCGAAGUGUAAAUAAACGCGUGUUCACACCC